AUGACGUAUUACAAGAAACGCCCUGACUUCGACGUCACUCUGCGCUCCGACCUUGCCCAAGACCUCGACAUACAAAUCAUCGAGGUUUCGCGACAAAACGGGAAACGCUGGCUCUACGCAAAUGUAUACAACGAAGGAGGUCAUCGACCAGCAUCAGCGGAACGACUGCAACAAGUGAACCUCCCGCAAGACACACCAACAAUCUUCCUGGGAGAUUGGAACCUCCAUCACAAGCUCUGGUCCUGUACAGACAAAAACGGAAACCGACGCUCAAACAAGUUUGUGGAAUGGAUGAUGGAGAGCGACACUGGUCCCAGGGGCAUUCUAUUGAAUGAAAAGGGCGCUGUAACAUUUACUCCGCACAAUAACAUGGGCUCAAGCUCUGUUUUAGAUCUAGUGUUUGCGAACAGCAAGGCCGCCGCUGAAGACACUUUACAAGAGUGGACAAUUGACCGAUCAAUGUCAUAUGGCUCGGACCACCAUGGGAUUCGAUGGACAACGGACGACGGCAGGACAGAGAUCAACAACAUUACCGGUGCGAAGUACAUCAUGAAGGACGUCAAUCCAGAGGACUGGGGAGCGGCUUUCCGACAGGAACUCGAUGCGCGACAGCAAGACAUAAACAAGAUCAUGGAUCCGGACCCUCAAGUAAACAUCACGAAUGAACAACUCGAACAAGCAGCAACGGCCCUGACAGAGGCAAUGCAAGCGGCUACAGCUCGAGUGGCCAAGAUCCGAAGGCCGUCAAACCAGGCUAAACCGUGGUGGAAUGAGGACCUACAGAAGGCGGCAAAGGAUCUCAGCAACGUGCAGGAGGAGCUAAAGACGUUUGAGGAGGUAAACGGCGUGCGUUCCUUACCACUUCGCCAGAAAGUAAAGAAGAUGAGUAACUUUCUCAAACGGCUGUGUAAAGCUACCAAGACGAAAUGGGCAGUCGAAAAGCUACAAGAGGCAACGUCGGACACCAUAUGGAGCUUCCGGAACUGGUCAUCCGGAGCGCGGAAUUACCCAUCACCCCCAAUCAAGAGGCGGGGACAAGGGCCAGCGAUCACUCAUACGGAGAAGUGCGAGGCCCUUCGCGCUGAACUUUUUCAGCCACCCCCAGAGCUAGAAGCUGAGUACAUCCGCAAUCUAACGGAUACACUCCCUGAUGACCUAGAAUACCAGGAGGUCACCGAAGAGGAAGUACGGGAAGCAAUCUUUGAGUCGUCAUCCAACUCUGCGCCGGGAAGCUCGCAGAUCACAUACCAGACAUUACGCUGGGCAUGGGGAUCGGCAAGUCAGGAGACCUACACUCUUAUCCGACUCUGCCUGAGGAACGGCUUUCACCCAAAACAAUGGCGGCAAGCAGUGGCUGUAGCGCUCCGCAAACCCCGCAAACCGGACUAUUCCGAACCCAGAGCAUAUCGGCUGAUCCAACUGCUGGAAUGCAUGGGCAAGGUGCUCGAGAAAGUAGUGGCCCGACGACUAACGUACCUGGCGGGAAAGCACAGACUCAUCCCAGUGUCGCAGACAAUACCGCGCAGUGGAGAUACGACCAGUAGCGAUCACCUAUAA